UGAAUGACCUUUAAACCCUUGUCAAAGUUAUUUGUUCUUCUCUAAACUCAAAAUUCAACUCAAUCUCUCUUCAUUCACAAAGAUGGGAAAAGAUAGAAUAAUUGGUGUGGCUUUGGAUUUCUCCAACAGCAGCAAGAACGCUCUAAAAUGGGCACUUGAGAAUUUAGCUGAAAAAGGUGACAACAUUUACAUCAUUCACAUAAGCCAUGAUUCUCUUGAUGAGUCUCGUAAUCAGAUAUGGGCCAAAUCUGGUUCUCCUCUUAUUCCGUUGAAAGAGUUCAGAGAACCUGAGAUAAUGAAGAAGUAUGGUGUUCAAAUUGAUAUUGAGGUUCUUGAUUUGCUUGACACUGUUUCAAGACAAAAAGAGGUGAAUAUUGUUGCAAAAGUAUAUUGGGGGGAUGCAAGAGAGAAACUUUUGGAUGCUAUUGAUGAUCUGAAACUGGAUUCUCUGGUUAUGGGAAGCAGGGGUCUCAGCACAAUUCAAAGGAUAUUAUUGGGAAGUGUAAGCAACUUUGUGAUGACUCAUGCUCCUUGCCCCGUGACUAUUGUCAAGGAUCUGAGCAGCACCAGCAGCAAGUGAUAGUUAUCAAUUUGAGAGUGCAUUUAAAUUUGAAAUCAUCUGUUUAUUGUAUUGAGGUACUUGAAAUUAUGCUAUAUUAUUAUGAUCACUUUCUGGUUUAUUUUAUUGAAGAAAUAAUGAAUUUAUGUAAUUCACACUUAUUUUAGGACUCUAUAAUUUAAUUACUCAUCCAAUUUAUUGAUUUUCA